AUGAAGUUUGAACUUAAUAAACAUUUGGAUAACAUUAGAAAUGUAUUAGUUUGUUCAAACGCAACCCCUAUACGAUGUCGUGGAGGAUUUUCGUACAGCUGCUGGUUCUGCAAUAACAAAUAUCAAAACCCGGCCGAAUUAAAAACGCACACCUUACAGACACACGACGAUACAGUAAAGAAGACAUUUAUGAAGGAUGGUUCAAUGAUUAAUUAUGUAGUUAAAUUAGAUAUAACAGGUUUACAAUGCAGCCUUUGCGGCAAGGACUUGAAUGAAUUAGACGAUUUAACUACCCACAUAAUAACGAAUCAUGGUAAAGAAUAUCAUACAGAUAUCAAAAGUCAUAUAAUUCCUUUUAGAUUCGAGAGCAACGAUUUUAGAUGUGUGAUAUGUAAGAACAAAUUCAACAAUUUCAAAGUCCUGAUAGAGCAUAUGAAUGCACAUUAUAACAACUAUAUUUGUAGCAUCUGUGGUGCGGGUUUCAUAAACAAACGAACUCUACAAACACACGGCUAUAGACACAAGACUGGUACCUUCAACUGUUCAUUUUGUCCAAAAGUUUUUGAUACAAGCAUUAAAAAGCGAGAUCAUGAAAGAGGUGUGCAUAUACUGCGUAACAAAAGGAGUAAAUGUGGGUACUGUGGUGAGAAAUUCACAGAUUAUACAAAGAAAAAUGAUCAUUUAGUGAAAAUACACGGUGCUACUCCAAUUGUGCUGCAGUGUCAGGCGUGUGAUAAGACGUUUGGGAAUCAGAGGUCAUUGACAAUGCAUACGAAGUCAUACCACCUUUUGCAAAGGAAAAAACCAGAUAAAACGGUGUAG